AUGCACGACGCGUUCGGGGACGAGGGGACCGAGGGAGAAGCCAAGAAAGUACUCGCGUCUUGGAUGGAAGCAGCAGGUCCAGAGGAGUACGGGAAAGCAUACGUGGACGAAUGUUUCAGGAUGUUCCGUUUGAGGGAGUGCUACAUCCCAGACGGAGCGCCAGAGCAGGAGCGCAAGGCAAAACUUCAGUACUCGCUCAACAUGAGCCCCGACCUCAGGACGGUGAUCCACCUGGCCAAGGGACCCCCAGCACAAGUGCCCACGGUAGACAUGAGAUCCUUCCAGAGCGCCUUCACCUUGGGGCUGAUCAAAGCAUUUCCAGAGAAUGUGAUGCAGUACGCGCGUGCACUGGCCCGUGAUCCUCGGAAGCUCGCGAAUCUCUACAAGAUGCGGGGCAACGAG